UCUUUCUUCUUCUUCGUCGUCGUGUUCUUAUGGUGUAUUGUGAAGAUUUGCCUGUCAAUUAAUCUGAUUACCAGAAAACCAUGUCGGCACUCGAAACCAACGACGACCCUCGGAUUCCGACAAUUCAAUCAAGAAUUCGAGUCGUCCCCAACUUCCCAAAGCCCGGGAUAAGGUUUCAAGACAUCACUACACUUUUACUCGACCCCAAGGCCUUCAAAGACACCAUCGAUUUGUUCAUCGAACGUUACCAAUGCAAGAACAUUACCGUCGUAGCUGGAAUAGAGGCUCGAGGCUUUAUAUUUGGCCCGCCUAUCGCAUUAGCGAUUGGAGCGAAGUUUGUUCCCAUGAGAAAGCCAAACAAAUUACCGGGAAAAGUUUUCAGACAAGAAUAUGAUUUGGAAUACGGUAGCGAUUGCCUUGAGAUGCAUGUUGGGGCCGUGGAGCCGGGCGAUCGAGCUUUGGUUGUUGACGAUCUUAUUGCCACCGGGGGCACUCUCCACGCCGCCAUGAAUUUAUUAGAACGCUCGGGAGCUGAAGUUGUGGAAUGCUCGUGUGUUAUAGAAAUACCGGAUCUUAAGGGAAGGGAUAAACUAAACGGGAAGCCAUUGUACGUUCUCGUCGAGUCACGAUAAUAAUUUAAUAUUUUCACAAAUUAUUUCGUUCCUAGGAAUUUGAUAUAUAAAAUAUAUAUAUAUAUAUUAUUGUACGAUUUAUUUUAAUCUAUUGUGUCAGAUGAAAGUGGUAUGGAUCAAUAUUGUAGAAUUUCAAAAUUGUAUUUAUGAUGAUG